GGCCGGGGCGGAAAGAAUCUAAUCCCGUUGGAGGGUCUGAGUUGAUGAAGGCGGGAAUUUGGUCAUCUGGCUUCUCGCCCUCUGGCGGCUCCAAGCAGCAGGCCGGCUUAUUUUACUGCCCGCAUGCUCCCAGAUCCACACUGAGAGUGACUUUCUCAGGGUACGGGCUUCCAGAUGGGGGAUGAGGGGCCAGGAAGCACGGUGCAUCUGCUGUGCCUUGCAGCCUCCAGCGGCGUCCCCCUGUUCUGUAGGAGCAGCGCCGGCGGCGCCCCCUCCCGGCAACAGCUCCCUUUCUCUGUCAUCGGCUCCCUCAAUGGGGUCCACAUGUUCGGGCAGAAUCUGGACGUGCACCUCAACUCUGCAAGAACGGAGGACACAACCGUGGUGUGGAAGAGCUUCCAUGACAGCAUCACCCUCAUUGCACUGUCAUCUGAGGAGGGCACCUCUGAGCUGAGGCUGGAAAGAAUGCUGCACAUGGUGUUUGGGGCCAUGGUUCUCAUUGUGGGACUCGAGGAGCUGACCAAUAUCCGGAAUGUGGAGAGACUGAAGAAAGAACUGAGGGCCAGCUACUGUCUCAUUGACAGCUUCCUGGGGCACUCGGAACUCAUCGGGGACCUGACGCAGUGUGUGGACUGUGUCAUUCCUCCAGACGGGUCUCUCCUGCAGGAAACCCUCUCAGGGUUCGCAGAAGCCACUGGCACGGCCUUUGUCAGCCUGCUGGUGUCAGGCCGAGUGGUGGCAGCAACUGAGGGCUGGUGGCGCCUGGGCAUGCCUGAAGCCGUGCUAAUCCCCUGGCUGGUGGGAUCUUUGCCACCACAAGCUGCUCGAGACUACCCGGUGUACCUGCCCCACGGGAGCCCCACGGUCCCACACCGGCUGCUGACGCUGACGCUCCUGCGGGGGCUGGAGCUGUGUAUGCUGUGUGGGCCACGCCCGGCCCUCGGCCAGCUGGACUCACAGGUGAUGGACUGUCGCUCUGCUGCCCCAGCACAUGCCCUCAGUGAGCGCCACCUGCUGCAUGCAGGCUCUGGCCAACCAAGCUCCACAAGGCCCUCACCUCCUCCCAUCAUGUCCCCGCAGCUACUGGAACGCUGGUGGCAGCCGCUGCUGGAGCCCCUCCGGGCCUGCCUGACACUGGGCCCUAGGGCGCUGCCGGAUGGGUUCCCGCUGCACAGCGACAUCCUUGGUCUGCUGUCGCUCCACUUGGAACUGAGACGCUGCCUCUUUACUGUGGAGCCCUCGAGGGAUAAAGAGCCUUCCCCUGAGCAGCGCAGGCGCCUCCUUAGAAACUUCUACACACUGGUGGCCACCACGCACUUCCCACCAGAGCCAGGCCCUGCAGAGAAAGAAGAUGCGGUCCACAAGGCCCAGACACCCAAAGCCUGCUAUCUGGUGCUAGGGCCAGGCAUGGGGUGUCAACUGGUGGCUCUGCAGAUAGGGCUGCGGCUGCUACUGUUACUGCUGUCCCCUCAGAGCCCCACCCAUGGGCUGCGGAGCCUGGCCACCCACACUCUACAAGCCCUCACCCCGCUCCUUUGAUAUCCUUGGGGUAAGCAGUCAAUAGAUGGGGUAAUAUUAGCGUCUCUCUGUUUAUUCGCUCACAAUAAUACACGGCCCCUGGAUGGGGAGAGGG